GGCCCCGGGGCGCGGACUCUCCGCCGCGCUGCGCCCGCCGGCCCCGAACGCGGAUUCUAAGAGCGGCGGCUGCCCCCGGCCCCACCCCGAGCCAUCGGGGGGUGCCAGGCGGGGACCGAGCGCCCCCUCCCAGCGGAGUGCAGGGGCCGUCCCCGGUCGCAGCCCGGCCCCGGAGCGUGGGGUAUGCGCAGCUAACGGUCCCGUCGGGCGGGCUUUCCUCUGGUGGAGCGCGCAGGCGGUGCGCCCCAGCUAUGGAGUGUCCGGGGAGACGGCGGGCAUGACGGCGGCAGGAUGGGCGCGAACAAUGGCAAACAGUACGGCAGUGAGGGCAAAGGCAGCUCAAGCAUCUCAUCCGACGUGAGUUCAAGUACAGAUCACACGCCGACCCAAGCCCAGAAGAAUGUGGCUACCAGUGAAGACUCCGACCUGAGCAUGCGCACACUGAGCACGCCCAGCCCAGCCCUGAUAUGUCCCCCGAACCUGCCCGGAUUUCAGAAUGGAAGGGGCUCGUCCACCUCCUCGUCCUCCAUCACCGGGGAGACGGUGGCCAUGGUCCACUCCCCGCCCCCGACCCGCCUCACCCACCCGCUCAUCCGGCUGGCCUCCAGACCGCAGAAGGAGCAGGCCAGCAUCGAGCGCCUCCCGGACCAGUGCAUGGUGCAGAUCUUCUCCUUCCUGCCCACCAACCAGCUGUGCCGCUGCGCCCGCGUGUGCCGCCGCUGGUACAACCUGGCCUGGGACCCGCGGCUCUGGAGGACUAUCCGCCUGACGGGCGAGACCAUCAACGUGGACCGCGCCCUCAAGGUGCUGACCCGCAGGCUCUGUCAGGACACACCCAACGUCUGUCUCAUGCUGGAAACCGUCACUGUCAGUGGCUGCCGGCGGCUCACGGACCGAGGGCUUUACACCAUUGCCCAGUGCUGCCCCGAACUGAGGCGACUGGAGGUCUCGGGCUGUUACAAUAUCUCCAACGAGGCGGUCUUCGACGUGGUGUCCCUCUGCCCCAACCUGGAGCACCUGGACGUGUCAGGGUGCUCCAAAGUGACCUGCAUCAGCUUGACCCGGGAGGCCUCCAUUAAACUGUCCCCCUUGCAUGGCAAACAGAUUUCCAUCCGCUACCUGGACAUGACGGACUGCUUCGUGCUGGAGGACGAAGGGCUGCACACGAUCGCGGCGCACUGCACGCAGCUGACCCACCUGUACCUGCGCCGCUGCGUGCGCCUCACCGACGAGGGCCUGCGCUACCUGAUGAUCUACUGCACGUCCAUCAAGGAGCUGAGCGUCAGCGACUGCCGCUUCGUCAGCGACUUCGGCCUGCGGGAGAUCGCCAAGCUGGAGGCGCGCCUGCGGUACCUCAGCAUCGCCCACUGCGGCCGGGUCACCGACGUGGGCAUCCGCUACGUGGCCAAGUACUGCAGCAAGCUGCGCUACCUCAAUGCGAGGGGCUGCGAGGGCAUCACGGACCACGGCGUGGAGUACCUCGCCAAGAACUGCACCAAACUCAAGUCCCUGGACAUCGGCAAGUGCCCGCUGGUCUCCGACACGGGCCUCGAGUGCCUGGCCCUGAACUGCUUCAACCUCAAGCGGCUCAGCCUCAAGUCCUGCGAGAGCAUCACGGGCCAGGGCCUGCAGAUCGUGGCGGCCAACUGCUUCGACCUCCAGAUGCUCAACGUGCAGGACUGUGAGGUGUCCGUGGAGGCCCUGCGCUUCGUGAAGCGCCACUGCAAGCGCUGCGUCAUCGAGCACACCAACCCCGCCUUCUUCUGAAGGGGCCACGCCCCCCUCGCCGCAUUGCGCAGGCGCUGCGCAUGCGGCGCACCUCCUAAAAGCGGUGUCUCUAAGCACCGCCUCCCACUGGCUCCUCACAGCCCUUGCUUCCUGGAAGUUCCUUAAGGAUCUGGCUUUUCUUUUUCCUUAGUGCUCGUGGGCAUCAGGGGUCACAGAAGGGAAGGGGGAGCUGUGCCGGUAAACUGGUUUUGGGGGUCAGGUCAUCUGUAGGCAGUUUCUCUUCUCCCAAAAGAGGUACCUCAGAAAGCCGACGGCAGUGUAUUCGAGAAGGCCUCUUUCUGUCUCGGCUCCUGGUGGCACCCGGGCUUGCGCGUGCGCACACCACGUCCCCACUCCCCGCCCCCAUCCCCUCCCUGGCCGACAGCAACCACACAUCCAGGCUAAUGAUGCUCUCCAAACCUCCUCCUCUUUUUAAACUGCUUUAUUGGCCUAAACCGCACUCAUCAAUCCCGCGCCCAGGCAAAUCCUUGUUAAAUCAAUGUCCUAGCACGGGGUGCAUACAAAGUGCUUCCAACCAUUUUCUAGAGAAUCACUUAUGGUGAGCAGCACUGUGCGGGAGGAGACCCGAUUCUCACCGCCCCCCUGCCCCCCCCCG